AUGAUCUACCAUUUUUUAUUUUCUUCUGAUGCUCGUUUUAACACCGAUAUUGAUGGAAUUAGAGUAUUUACUAGACGGUCAACUUCUUUACUUUUACCAAUCCAAGAUGCAUCAAAAUCUGUCCUAGGCUUGGGAAGUAAUGAACCUGGAGCUUUACUUUAUGGAUCUGCUGUAAAGUUGGAACAAAAAAGUCAUGCAUCUUAUGAAUUUAUUCGUUCAAUAAAUCCAGAGGAUAUGAAUAUAGCUGUAGAUCAAUGUUUAUCAUUUGCUCCACACCAUUUUGACUCGAAAUUACAAAAACAACUUUUAAAGGCAGCUUCAAUAGGAAUGCGUAGAUGUCAAAGACCUUACGAUGCUGAUAAAUUUGUUCGUAUUUGUCGUCUUCUUCGUGUUUUAAAUGCUCUUCGACUUAUGGGAAUUCCUUUAACAUUUACUCAAUUAGAAGAACUUUCCCCAGCUUCAAUUGUUGAUCGUUUAGUUGUUUUGGGACAUUGGCCUAUGGCUGUAAAGCUUUGCGAAUUUUUGGAAAUUAAUUCAAAAGAAGGUGUUUACAAAGUUAUUUCACAUUGGUGUUUGGCUAUGAUGACUACUUUUAAAGAACAAAAUAGGUUUGAAAUUUUUUUUGAAAAAUAUUUGGGCUUUUGUCCUGUCGUAUGCUUCUUAUAA